GAGCGUUCAGGACUUAGUCUAUGGUCCGUUAAGUAAGUAGAUUUGAAGACUUUGUUCUUAAAUCCCGUGUAAUCUGACCGACGAAUGCUGUGUUAAUCUUGGCGUACAGCAUAGCCAAAGUUUGUAGUGGCGACAGUUUGUGUUUAGCUAUCCAACAGUGAAGACCUAUACGCUUUUACCAGGCUGAGGUGUAAUGUACACGAAAACCUACCGAUAUGUACUCUCUGGAAAUUGGGGAAAAUAUUGGAUAAGGCACCGAACGCAACUGGAUAAAAGAAAGAAUUGAUGAAAUCCGAGCAUAAUGGUGGCCAAGUUGUUCCAAACCACCAUUCCGGUCAAUGAUCCACCGACAUCGCCAAGGAAUGACUCGGAUCGAAAGAAAUGUAACUUGAUCCACGAUGUGAACGAAAUCCGAGCACGGAACCGUCGUUUACCCACACCAGAAAAGGCGGCCAUUUUGGAACUUUCUGACAGCUUCGAGAAGCGACGCUUGGGCAAGCACCAGCAAAUGCUGCACGACAUUUCUCAGCGAUGUCGCGAACAAGAAGUGGCGGAUCUAUCGAAAAAUUUGUCCAUAAAAUGUCAACAAAAGCAGCAAAAGCCAUUGCGGAAUAACAUAUCGUUUUACAAUACGGCCAGCAUGACUCCUCGUAUGUCCAGUUCUACCAAACCGAAAGCGGUGACCAAUCAGAUUGAUAUUCAGAACCACAUGUCCAUUAGACCGUCGUAUGACAAAGCCACUUCGCAUUUUCCCGCGAGAAAAAUCAUCAAAAACCAGAAGAAGAAUGAAGUCUCAAGCACUAUGUCGUCUGCUUCUCUCAAAUUCAACAAGUGUAAAUCUGAUAGUUCAAUAUCCGCCUUUUUCCGCGCCAGAACAGAAAAGUUCCUUAACGUGGACAAGGUUAAUAAUUACCUAAACGUUAAAACAGACUAUUUGAACAAGAGAAACAACUUCGCGACGAACCACAAACAACCGAGGAUGUUUGACAACCCCGAAGAGAUGGAGAACUACUACUUCCCUAGGAAACGUCAGAUAGAUGAGAAGUCAUUUCUUCCACAAAUUCCUCUGGAACAGAAUUCUUACCAGGAAAAGGUUUGUGCAUAUCUGGAUGGACUUCGGCACCAUAAGGAACGUUCCACGUCUGGAAAGAGUGGCAACUCCUAUUACCGAAUCAAAUCUGACUCGGGAAUAUACAUGAUGAAUGGCCCACGGGAUCGACACUUUUCUCCCAUGGACCCCAUUUCCACCCGAAUCGGCUCGUCCACGUUAGUGACAAACAGAGACAAGUAUACCGUCACACAAACCAGUGUUACCAGUUUCCUCUGAGAGAAGUCCAGGAGAAAUGUCCUUUGUUCCUGAUUAUUUAACUCUUACGU